CCCAAACUCUACUUUUCUUCAAUGGAUGAUCAGUUCUAUAUGUAAAUAAUCACUUUAUCUUAGAGAAACAAUGGCUUACAAAGCUUUAGACUGUCUUUCCUCCUCCGACAUCGCUGCUCUGGGAAUACCCUCCAAAGCCGCCGAACAAUUUUACCAAAAACUCACCGAAAUCGUUGGCAAUUACGGGGCUGCCACUCCGGAGACAUGGCAACACGUCUCGAAGCACCUCCUCAACCCGGAACUUCCUUUCUCUCUCCACCAGAUGAUGUACUAUGGGUGUUACAAAGACUUCGGACCCGACCCGCCUGCAUGGUUGCCCGAUCCGGAGCUUGCAAACUCAACCAACGUUGGCCAGCUAUUAGGGAGGCGUGGAAAAGAGUUUUUGGGUUCUAAAUAUAAGGAUCCCAUUUCAAGCUUUUCUGAGUUUCAGGAUUUUUCAGUCUCAACUCCUGAGGUUUAUUGGACCACUAUAUUAGAUGAAAUGAAUAUAUCGUUUUCAGUGUCUCCUGAAUGUAUUUUACGUGAGGAUCCUUCUCACCCAGGAGGUCAAUGGCUUCCUGGAGCAUGUUUGAAUCCGGCAAAGAAUUGUCUGAGUUUGAAUAGCAAGAGGACUUUGGAUGAUAUAAUGGUUAUAUCGCGUGAUGAAGGAGAUGAUGAAAUGCCCAUCAACAAGAUGACCCUUAAGGAAUUGCGCUCAGCAGUGUGGCUAGUUGCUUAUGCAGUGGAAGCACUGGGGUUGGAGAAAGGGUCUGCAAUUGCCAUAAAUAUGCCUAUGGAUAUCAAUUCUGUGGUGAUCUACCUCGCUAUUGUUCUUGCUGGCUAUGUAGUUGUGUCCAUUGCGGAUAGUUUCGCUCCAAGUGAAAUAUCAACUCGCCUCAUAAUUUCGAAAACAAAAGCAAUUUUUACUCAGGAUCUCAUUGUUCGGGGCAACAGAAGACUACCCUUGUACAGUAGAGUUGUUGAUGCUCAAUCACCUAUGGCAAUCGUUAUUCCUACCAGAGGCUCCAGUUUUAGCAUAAAAUUGCGUGAUGGUGACAUUUCUUGGCAUGAUUUUCUGGAGAGGGUCAAAGAUUCCAAAGACAUUGAGUUUGUUGCAGUAGAACAACCGGUUGAAGCUUUCACAAAUAUCCUUUUCUCUUCUGGCACUACAGGGGAGCCAAAGGCAAUUCCAUGGACCCUUGCUACUCCUUUAAAAGCUGCUGCAGAUGGUUGGUGCCACAUGGAUAUCCGCAAAGGUGAUGUUGUUGCUUGGCCCACUAAUCUUGGAUGGAUGAUGGGUCCUUGGCUAGUUUAUGCUUCUUUGUUGAAUGGGGCUUCCAUCGCUUUAUAUAAUGGAUCUCCCCUUGGUUCUGGCUUUGCCAAGUUUGUACAGGAUGCUAAAGUAACAAUGCUUGGCCUUAUCCCAAGUCUCGUGAGGGCAUGGAAAACUGCAAAUUGUACAGCUGGCUACGAUUGGACGGCUGUUCGUUGCUUUGGCUCCACUGGUGAGGCAUCUAGCGUGGAUGAAUACCUAUGGCUUAUGGGGAGAGCUCAAUACAAGCCUAUCAUUGAAUAUUGUGGGGGUACGGAGAUUGGUGGUGGAUUUGUUUCUGGGUCAUUGUUGCAGCCACAAUCUUUGGCUGCUUUUAGCACACCUGCUAUGGGAUGUACUCUGUUUAUUCUUGGCGAGGAUGGAAUUCCUAUACCACCAAAUACUCCAGGGACUGGUGAAUUGGCCCUUGGUCCUCUCAUGUUUGGAGCUUCAAGCACACUACUGAAUGCUGACCACCAUGAAGUCUACUUCAAACGAAUGCCUGUUUGGAAUGGAAAGGUUCUGCGAAGGCAUGGAGAUGUGUUUGAGCGUACUUCUAGAGGAUACUAUCAUGCGCAUGGUCGUGCAGAUGAUACAAUGAAUCUUGGGGGUAUCAAGGUAAGUUCAGUGGAGAUUGAACGCAUUUGUAAUGCAGUUGAUAACAACGUUCUUGAGACAGCUGCCACUGGGGUGCCGCCUCCUGGAGGAGGACCUGAAAGUUUGAUGAUUGCUGUUGUUUUCAAGGAUUCAAAUAGCUCAGCAACAGACUUGGAUAAGUUGAAAAUGUCUUUCAACUCAGCAUUGCAAAAAAAACUAAAUCCUCUGUUUAAGGUUUCUUAUAUCAUACCCCUCUCGUCUCUACCAAGAACGGCAACAAAUAAGGUCUUGGACUUGAUCAAUUGGGUUGAUAAGGACAGAGUCAUUGAUAUUUAUGUUGACCAUAUUAAGCAAAGUCAGGUUGAGUCAAACUGUGGUACCAUACAACAAGAAGUUGGAGUUGAGACUGACCAUUUUCAUGAACAACAUCUAGAAUCAAGUGGUGAUGGGGAUAUGAAUGAUAGUGACUCAUCAAACUAUGAAUCUUUUUAUGAUAGUGAGUAUGACAUAAUUGAUGAUCAAUUAUAUGAGACAUUUGUUGAUAAGGAUGUUGAAUUUGUUGGUAAAGACAAGGGGAAAGGGAUUGACAAAUGGAAAGGUGUUGAUAGUGAAAGAGGCACAACAGAGGAUAUUGAUAAUGAUUUGUAUGCUGAAGACUAUGACAGUGAAGAGUUAUUAACUCUUAGUGGUUCAUCAUCGGAUGACGAGGAAGGAGGACAUUAUAAGAGAAAGAGGGUGGCAGCUAUAGAAAAUGCAUCACAAAGUGGUUCAAAUUCAAGCCUCGAUGCUACUCAAUAUAAAUCUAUAAAGGACAAACAAGAGUUACCUAUUAGAAGGAAAAGAAAUACAUCAUGUGCCUCAACUAGCCAACCCCCAAGCUACUCAACCACAUACUUCUUUAUCACAACCUGCUUAGAGGCCACCAAAAAAAACUUCAACACCACCUGUGUGGAUGCCACCCCAAUUUGGUGCAACACAACCUAUCCUACCCAAGCAAACCAAGUUUGCACCAACUCCUACACAACACUCCAACUCAUCCAAGAAAGUGAGGAAGACAAACAAUGUAGUGGGGACACAGUGAAACUCUAG